AUGUGUUCAAAGUGCUACCAAGAGUUCCUUAAAAAUGAAGAACCAGCUCAAACUUCCAAGAAUGUUCCUGGGGCCUAUGCACCACUAGCAACCAGCCAAUCUACCCUUUUAAACGAUCUGGACAUGUUGAAGAAAACGUCAUUGCCUCGUUCCGGCACGUUUUCCUUAGGAGUCGAAACUGCCACUUCAAAGAACACUCAGCGUACCGUAAAUCGUUGCUUGAAAUGCAGGAAACGUGUUGGUCUCACGGGCUUCCAGUGCCGAUGCGAGGGGUUGUUUUGUGCUUUCCACCGAUAUUCCGAUCAGCAUGACUGCACGUUUGACUACCGCCAACAGGGUCAAGAACAGAUUGCUCGCGACAACCCCGAGUACACAUUAACGCGCAUCUGCCUCUUCUGUAUAUAUUUGACCAAAAAUGGCCUGCCACCAUCCGCCCACCCACUUCUCAGGCAUCGUAGUGGUUCUGCUCCGGCGAUCCUUACAGUUUCCACGCCGAAUUCUGCACACACUGUGUGCUUUUUCGCACGUACCUGGCGUGCUUGUGCCCGCCGUCUUCCUAUAGUUCGUGUUCUGUGUCACAUUGAUGUCUCGAUUGCACUAAGUUUUGUCACUGACACCUUCUGGUCAAUCGCGGCCCUUCUUCGUGGCGAUGGAGCAGAAGUCAAGUGGAGCAUUUUUAUUCACCAGCCACUUCUUUUGGCACGGAAGCUAUCCUACGCCGUAAUUAGCGCCUCGGCUGAAUGGGUGAGGCAACGGCUUCUGCCGCCGCCGCUGCAGCACUGCAUCGGACCGGGACGACGGGCAGGCAGGCAGGCAGGCAGCCAGCUGGCAAGUCGGGCAGUGCAGCGACUCGCACUUGCACGAUACGCGCCAGCCAGAAUGCGAACGAUAGGCGCUAGUGCUGGCUUCUCGCUAACCUACGCACAUACGCACACUCCCCACCAUCUUCGUGCGCUUUUGCAAAUGGGCCAUAGCGCUUCAACCAAGAGCCUCACGUCAUCACUCAUCCUCGUAAAGCUAGCGUGGAGUGAUAUCCUGGCAGAAAAGGCCCGAGUGCGGAAAAAUUGCACAGAUGAAGAGGCAGCUGCGUGCAGCCCGGGAAGCUGCCGAGUAGCUCCACGACACUUGCCAGAGACCUACACCUGCACAUGCACACCAACAACCUACUUGACUCGAGAAUUCACACCAGAGAAAAAGCCUCCUUUUGUGGUUUCGUGUAAACCACGACCCUACGAUCCUUGCCAGGUGUGCCAUGAACAGCACACAUUCAAAUGCACCAAAGUGGCGUCAGACCGAGCGUUGUGCCAUUGCUAUUCCGAGUACAGUGUGACCACGCAUUGUCACAGCCUUAAAAACGGGUGCCAAGACGUCCCGGCUGGAAGCAGUCUCUCUGGUAAUGCAGCUUGUAGAAUUGACAAUGGAAACCUGUGCAUUCCCAUUCUAGGUUCCGAGAGAUACAAAUGUGUGUGUCUUCGCCCUUUCCGAUCCUCGAAAACACUCAAAUUCCCAAACUGCCUCGGGGAAAUCGAAAGUCCGUGUGACAACCAGCUAUGUGUAGGAUUCAAUCCCGCUCAACCUAGUGGCCCAGAGAUCACUCCGCACCGCGUUAUUGCGGCUGCAGGGUUGGGUUCGUCAGGUGAUGAGCAUGCGGCUUGUGACGGAAACUCUUCAUGCAAGUGCCCAGCUAACUGGUUUGGCGACCACUGUGCUUCAUGGAGGGGAGGCCCCGAACGGAACUCCUGGACCGCGUGGUCCCCGUGCUAUCCGCACUGCGUUGAUGCAAACAUUUUUUCCGGAAAGGCCGGGAUUUCGGGCGUGGGCUACAGGGCUUCCCAGGCCUUUUGCACAGUUCGGGAGACUCGUGUUUGUGAGGGGACAUUUAAAGAAUGGAAACGGUGCAAGAUUCAGACACUGUGCACAGGUGAAAAAAGAAAAACUUUUGAAAUUGCACCGGAGGUUGCACUGGCAGUUGACAACUUGCUUCUGAAAUACACAGAUGAGAAACCGCUGAUAUCGUUACCUCAGGAAGAAAAGCAGUAUUUGCUUGCUAUUUUUAUUUCUGUGGUGAUAAUUGGUUUCGUAAUUAGCACAAUUUUUGUGGAGAUUGUUAACAAAUUCCGUGGGACUAAGGAGCAGUUUUAA